AUGCGCAGCCAAGCUAGCCACUUUGCGCCAUCUGUGGCUUUCUUUUGCCCUCAGAGUAAGGCCCCCACAGAGGCGUACCUCGAGCAAUUACAAAAGUACAUUGUUGAAACACCUCUUCUUCAACCUUUUGCAGAGGCCAUCACAUCAUUAAGAGACACGUGGAAGACACUCUGCAAGGGCCACACGGAUAUCGCCAACCUCAAGUCAGGCGAACGACACGUCGUCAGUCUAGAGCGAUGGAUUACCAAUGGAAUAGCUGGACCAGUUUCCAGCUCCAUGUCAGGGAUUUUGGCGUUGCCAUUGUUGGUCGUUAUCCAGAUUUGCCAAUACUUCCAGCUAUUGGAGUUGCACAAGCUCACGCAUGAGCAAAUGCUGUCAAGUCUGAGGAAUGGCGGAGGUGCCCAGGGAUAUUGCGGAGGCCUCCCUACAGCUUUUGCCAUCUCCUGCGCGAAAGACGAAGAAGAUGUGGUUCGUCUUGCUACCAAAGCUCUGCGGCUGGCUCUUGCUGUGGGCGCGUUUGGUGAGUUGGGCGACGACGAGUCGAUUGAAGGAGCGACGACCAUUGCGGUACGAUUGAGAGCCUCUCAGCAAGGAGAGGAGCUCGUGGAGGGCAUCCCUGGCUGCUACAUCUCCGCAAUAACCGACCCAAGAACGAUAAGUAUUGUUGGCCCGGUGAUUGAGCUUAUGAAGGUGGCCAACAGAGCUCGUGACCAAGGGUUACUAGUCACAGACAUACACAUCCGCGGCAAAGUACACAACCCAGAAAAUGCGCCUCUAGUUAAAGUGCUCUUUGAUAUAUGUCAAGAGCAUGAUGAGAUGACGUUGCCUGAUGCAAGUCAGCUGCGAGUUCCUGUGCGAUCGAACUUGAAUGGCAAGCUGCUGGAUAAGUGUUCGUUGACAUAUGAGGCAAUCGAUACGAUUCUUGCGUCCCGAUGCGAGUGGUAUCGGCUCUUGAAAGAGGUGGCGCAAGACCUGGCGGGAAGCGGUACUGAUUCCCAUACAUUCGCGCUGUUUGGGAUUGGAGACCCGGUGCCUCUCAUGCCAUUCCACAAUGCCCGUUUGCGGGUGGCGAAAGUGGAAGCUCAUACCGCUAUUCAGGAAGCUAGGUUGGCUGAAUACAAAUAUCCGGAAGACGCCAUCGCCGUCACAGGAGUUUCCUGCCGACUUCCACGAGCAAACGACCUCGAAGAACUAUGGCAGCUUCUGGUCGCUGGCACAUCGACUUGCGAAGAGAUCCGCCAUGACAGAGUUCCAAUGCACGAGAGCUUUCGGGCGCUCCAGAACGAAAAGUGGAAGCCGAAGUGGUUCGGCAACUUCAUCGAUGGGGCCGAUGAGUUCGACUGGGCGUUCUUCCGUUCCAACGCCAAAGAGGCUGCCAGCAUGGACCCUCAGCAGCGAAUCUUAUUGGAACUGACGUUCCAGGCUUUGGAUUCGGCGGGCUAUCUCCGCAGACAUGUUCGUGAGGAUGGAGACAGGGUCGGCUGCUUCAUCGGAGCGAGUUUCAUCGAGUACACGGAUAAUACUGGUGCUCAUGCUCCGACUGCAUACACAGCAACUGGUACGAUUCGCGCAUUCCUCUGCGGAAGACUCAGCUAUCACUACGGUUGGACUGGCCCCGCGGAAGUUAUCGAUACCGCCUGCUCUUCUUCUCUUGUCGCUAUCAAUCGCGCGUGCCAAUCUAUCUGGUCAGGCGAGUGCCCUAUGGCGGUCGCUGGCGGAGUCAACAUCAUAUCCGGUGUUCACAAUUACUUGAACCUGGGAAAGGCUGGCUUCCUCAGUCCUACUGGUCAAUGCAAGCCAUUUGACCAGUCGGCAGAUGGGUACUGUCGUGGAGAUGGUGCUGGGAUGAUCGUGCUGAAGCCCUUGAAACAGGCUUUGGCAGAUGGCGACCAGGUGUUCGGUGUCAUUCCGGGAUCAUCUACGAACCAAGGUGGUUUGUCUGCGUCUUUGACAGUCACUCAACCCUCAGCCCAAGUCAGCUUGUACCAGUCAAUUCUCAAGCGUGCCGGCAUGAGCCCAAACCAUGUGUCAUACGUUGAAGCUCACGGCACUGGUACGCAAGCCGGCGACCCUCUCGAAGUCAGCAGUAUCAGGGACGUAUUUGGUGGAUCAGAUCGACCUACUAAGGUGUAUCUCGGUUCCAUCAAAGCCAACACCGGUCACGCAGAGUCAGCUGCGGGGGUUGCUGGACUACUCAAGGUCAUUGCGAUGUUGCAGAAGAAGGCUAUCCCACCCCACGCAUUGUUCAACUCCUUGAACCCGAAGAUUCCUUCGUUGGGCCCAGAUAAGAUUGCUAUCGCAAAGGAUCUUGAGCCCUGGGAGGUACCCUUUAGAGCGGCGUGGGUCAACAACUACGGAGCGGCAGGAAGCAAUGCGUCGCUCGUUGUUUGUGAAGGGCCUCGGAAAAGCAAUGAGGAAGCACGACUACGCCUCCCUGAAGGUACUCAGUACCCCAUCGUACUAUCGGCUCAUACAAUCGAGAGCCUCAAAGCCUACGCAGAGUCUCUGAAGUCGUAUAUUACUCGAGAGAAUCCCGACCUUGCUAGUCUUGCUUACACGCUAUCUGAGCGACGGAAGCGGCAUCCAGUAGCGUGGGUCACAACAGUUUCCGAGAUUGCAGGCUUGCAGAGAGAAAUCUCUACCAUUAUUCGACCAUGCAACAUCACGCCCUCAUCCAAACGUGUGGUACUUGCUUUCUCGGGUCAGAGCAAGCAGACAGUCGGUCUGUCGGAGACACUGUACAAUUCCAUCCCUAGGCUACGCCACUACAUCGAGGAGUGUGAGCGCAUCCUUCUCACGAUCGGUUGUCCGUCGAUUAUCCCGGCUAUCUUCCAGAGUUCAAUCAUCACCGACCCAGUUCUGUUGCAGACAGGUACCAUGGCUGUUCAAUACGCAAGCGCUAAGUGUUGGAUGGAUGCCGGCAUUCGACCGGCCUGUAUCGUUGGACACAGUUUUGGGGAGCUGUCCGCAUUGGCCGUGUCCGGUGUGCUCUCUAUCGAAGAUGCUCUUAAGCUUGUUGCUACGAGAGCGCAGCUCAUGGCAACUAAAUGGGGACCGGAAAGAGGCAUUAUGCUUGCAAUUUUUGCACCAAUCGCUGUUGUCACGCGCAUAGUUGAAGCUGUUGACAGCAACAACCUAGAAAUUGCUUGUUUCAAUGCUCCCAACAGCCAGGUUGUAGUUGGCACCCAAGCUGCAGUGGCCGAUACGGAAAAAUUGCUGGCUACUGACCCUUCUUUCAAGGGUAUCAAGAGCCAAAGGGUUGACGUUACCCAUGGGUUCCAUUCUGCCUUCACCGAGCCGAUCCGCAGCGACCUGGCUCAAUCUUUGGAAUCAUUGACUUUCAAACAAGCUUUCAUUCCUAUCGAGCCAUGUACACAAGCACAUACUAGCUCGAUCACUGCUGAGCAUGUUGUAUCGCACGUUCGACAACCCGUCUACUUUGCAGACGCUGUUCAGCGGAUCGAGAAGCGACUAGGGGGUUGCAUCUGGCUUGAAGCAGGGUUUGAUUCGUCUAUCAUUCCCAUGGUCAAGCGUGCGAGUGCCAAGUCAGAGAUCCAUUCGUUCUACAGCAUCAAGACGGCUAGCGCUGUUCAUCCUACCGAGGUUCUUUCUCAAAGCACUGCUGAACUGUGGAAAGAAGGAAUCGACGUUACACCAUGGGCUUUCCUCUCUCCAUCCGAUGCUGGGGUAGAGCCAAUCUGGUUGCCCCCUUACCAGUUCCAGAGAUCUAAAGCGUGGCUAGAGAACAUUGAUAGAGCUACUGAACUCCAACAAAGUAUAGCCACUCUCGUUUCGCAAAAGCCAGAGGCCGCAUCCAUCCCAGUCUCCACUCGAUUGGUGUGUCAUGCUGGGUCAAAUGGCAGUACGGAAAAGUUCGCCAUCAACAAUUCGGCCAGUCGCUUCCGUGAAGUCAUCAGCGGACAUGCUGUUCGAGGGCGGCCGCUUUGUCCUGCUUCAAUGUAUAUGGAGUGCGCAGCCAUGUCAGCACAACUGCUUGGAGUCGAGCUCAACUCCAAGUCGCUGGCGUUCGAGGAUCUGUCAUUUGAAUCGCCUUUGGGCGUCAACCUGGACCGCGAUGUCAGCCUGAGCCUUGAUGAAACUACUAGGCACAGCUGGAAGUUUACGCUUUCGAGUUCUCCCGGCUCUGCAAGUCAUUCGACACGUGCAACUGUCCAUGGCAGAGGUCAAAUGCUUUUGAUCGAAAACCCUCGGUUUUCCACAUACAAGCGACUCAUAGCUGACCGCCUUGACUCUAUUCGAUCCAGUCCAAGUGCAGAGAAGCUCAACGGUGGACGAGCAUACAAGCUUUUCUCAAAGGUUGUCGAUUACGCCGACUUCUUUCAUGGGAUCAAGAGCAUCGUCAUAGACAAGAAUGAGGCACUGGCGGAGAUCCGGAUGCCUGACAGCCAUGUUGGAGGCGACGAAAGUUCUGUGACGAAGCACUGUGACACAGUUUCCAUCGACGCGUUCAUCCAGGUAUCUGGUUUGCUCAUCAACAGCAGCAAGGCUUGUCCUCCUGGCCAAGUAUUUGUGGCUUCGGGUCUUGAAAACAUUACCAUGUCGAGACAUUGCGACUUUGACGUCCACAAGGAAUGGAGCGUCUACGCCAUUUUCACACUCAUUGAUGAUGUGCACGCGACCGGUGACGUCUUUGUUUUAACAAAAGCUGGCGAGGUAGCCAUGACAGCUAUUGGCACCAAAUUCCAUCGUCUGGAGAUCUCUAAGCUUGAACGAACUCUGGACUCAGCUAAUGGAUCGAGGGCUAGUUCAAAAGAGGCUCCACGUCCGUCUCUCUCCAUCCCCAUAGCUUCCUUCCAGAACUCUAGGCCUACCGUAGUCCAGAAGCCUACAUCGCUAGCACCUGACAGCGAUUCUGGAUUCUCCAGUGCAUCGUCGGUCGCUGAAGAAGAUUUGGGUGACAGGGAGGCUCCAUUGAAGACAAUGAUCUCAACGUAUACCGGUGCACCGGUAGACUUUAUUGCCUCGAACACAUGCAUUGGUGAUCUCGGUAUCGACUCACUAGCAGCGGUAGAGCUCUCCGAUGAGAUCAGUGAACGCUUCGGAAAACUGGUCUCACCUGGUGAGCUUUUGACGAUGAGCUUUGGGGCAUUAAGCCAGAUAAUCUUCCCUGGCGCCACUAAGACCAAUCAAAAGCGCGCUACGCCAUCCGCGAAGCAGGCCGCGACCGCUCCGUUACCAGUAUCUGAGGUGCUCGAACUAAAAUCGAAGACCGAUUCAAGUUUUGACCAGAGUCUUGUGGAAUCUUCUGGUGAUCUACGACGUACAAAGUUGUUCGAACUCAUUUCAGAGCUAUGUGGUGCAGAUGUCAGCCAGAUCUACGAACACCAACUUCUCCAGGAUCUCGGUUUUGACUCCCUCUCUACAACGGAACUCGGGUCUAGUAUAUCCGAUGAGUUCGAUGUCGAACUCAAUGGCGUUGAUACUCUCCUUGAUGUUUCCGUGAAAGAGCUCAUGCGGCUAGUUGGAAUAUCUUCAUCAAAGCCGGGCUCCCCGUUCUUGGCACCGCCAACCUCACGAACGCCCGCUAUCUCUAUAAGCGGUCUUGACCAGUCCGCGGGCAUCACGGAGCCAUUUCAAUCUCUCUUGGAAGCAGAGUCCUCACUCCAGAAUUAUGCAAUGUCCUGCCGGUUCACAGAUUAUCUUGCCAAGGUAGCUGCUCGUCAAGAUGAGCUACUGCUUGCCUAUCUCGUUGAAGGGUUCCGGAAACUAGGCAUCGAUCUCAAGACUAUGGAAAUAGGGGAGAGGUUACCUCCUUUUACUUAUCAAUUUAAGCACAACAAGGUGGUCCAAAGGUACUACGAGAUUCUCGAGAAGCACAGCAUUAUCAAGAAGAAGAACGAUGCCGUUUACGUCCGAUCAUCUGGCCCAUGCACGUUCGCGCCUUCCGCACAGCUUCUGCAACAGCUCAUCAUCGAUUUCCCGCAAUACAGCUGCGAGGCUGAGCUCAUGGCUCUCACUGGCCCAAAGAUUGCAGAGUGUUUGACAGGAACCGAAGAUCCUGUCAAACUUCUCUUCGGCACCAGCAAGUCCCAAGAGAUCGUUGGCAACUUCUACACCAAAGCUCCUAUGUUCGCCACACUGACCGAAGUGCUUGUCGACUUUAUGGUUCGCAUGGUCAAGAAAGCCAACGGCCCAGUUCGCAUUCUAGAGGUCGGCGCAGGGAUGGGUGGAACGACAAAGCGUCUUGGUGAAGCACUUAGUGCGGUCAAUCAUCCGAUUGAGUACUUCUUCACAGACAUAUCCUCAACACUUGUUCGGAACGCGUCCAAGAAGUUCAAGUACCCAUGGAUGCAGUUCAAGACACUCAACCUGGAGGUUGCACCGCCCACCGAUAUGCUCGGGAAGUUUGACGUUGUUAUUAGCACGAAUUGUGUCCAUGCGACAGCCAACAGGACUGAUACCUGCCGCAGAAUCCGACAGAUGCUCAACUCAAACGGUUUAUUGGUACUUUCUGAAAUCACAAGCGUGUUCGACUGGCACGAGGCCGUUUUUGGUUUGCUAGACGGUUGGUGGUUGGCGAACGAUGCCACACAUGCCAUUCAACCUCCAGCAGUCUGGAUGGAGUUUAUGCAUCAAGCUGAAUUUCCUAGUGCCACCUACUCACAAAGUACUGUACCUGAUUGUAAUCUUCAACGACUACUGGUAGCUUCUGCCCAGCAAUAUCCAGAGCCGCAUCGUCCAAUAGAGUCGCCAGUGACUGGUGUUGAGACAGUUAUUUACAAAUCCAUCGAUGGGGUUGAGAUCGAAGCGGAUGUCUACCUGCCGAACAUUCCGUCUACCAGCUCAAUGCCUGUAGCAUUAAUGAUUCACGGAGGUGGCCACAUGACACUGUCGCGCAAAGCGGUCAGACCAGCACAGACGAAGUUCUUGCUUUCGCACAACAUUCUUCCUAUCAGUGUGGACUAUCGUUUGGUACCAGAGGUCAACGUCAUUGAAGGGCCAUUUUCCGACGUUCGAGAUGCGUAUGCGUGGAUCCAGACGAAGCUCUCUGCGGUCACAUCUAAAUACGGUAUAUCUAUCGACACAACUCGCGUCGUCUCGAUCGGAUGGUCCACUGGAGCCCACCUCGCUAUGAGCCUUGCCUGGACUACCAAAGAGCUGAAUCUACCACCCCCUUCUGCGAUAUUGGGUUUCUAUGGACCGACCGAUUUCGAGUCUGGUUCUCUAGAGAAACACCAUAGUGAAAAGCAUUACAGGCAGUUUCCUGCCCGUCGAAUGCGAUUGGAGAAGAUCAUGCAAUCUCUGCCACGGACGCCCGUCACAAAUUACGGAACCAUGAUGGAUAGUAGUCAAUUGGGCUGGAUCAAGCCAGGCGAUCCACGCUCAGAGUUGAUCUUUGCAGUUCUCAAAGAGAAUAUCGGAUUGAAUGUCCUGCUUCAUGGUGUCUCCCGCGAAGCUCUGACUUUGAAGCCCGACCCAGCGCUUGUCGAAGCAAUCAGUCCCAUGGCACAUGUGAGGGAAGGCUCUUACAAUGUCCCUACAUUCUUGAUUCAUGGUACAGAAGACGAGAUUGUUCCGUUCAAGACAGCUGAGUUGUUCAUUGAGGAGUUGGAGAAGUCUAGGGUAGAAUGCGGCUUUCUGCCAAUCCCAGGGGUGAAACAUAUCCAUGAUUUGCAUUUGAAACCAGAGAGCAAGGAGUGGAGAGAUCAAGUGGAGCCGGGUUACCAGUUUCUUUUUGAGAUUCUCGAGGUAUCUGUGUGA